AUGGCCCGAGCGCGGCGCGGUCUCCCCUGCCCGGGGCCUUUGGCCCUCAGGGCCGCACGCUGUGACCGGCGCUCCGCGCACUCGCCUGGCCGCGCCCAGCGGGGCCGGGCCGGGCCCGCCGAAGGGCCGCUGCCCCCUCACGCAGCGCGGUCACGGCCGCGGUCCAUGGCGACCCGCCCGCCGUGCCUGUGGCUGUGCCUGGCCGGGCUGCUGAGCCUGCGGGCUGCGAACGCCCUGCCCCUACGGCCCGACCCGCGGGACGAGGUGCUGGCGGCGGCCUUGCAGCGCCUGCGGGAGGUCUUCGACAUCGAGGAGCUGCCUCCCGACGUGCUGCCCCGCAGGAAGCCGCCCCAGUUCAUGGUGGAUCUCUUCAACAAGGUGGCCGACGCCAACGGCAUCACCCGCGCCCCGGGGCUGCUGCAGGGGGACGUGGUGCGCAGCUUCGAGGACCGAGUUCAUGUGGACCACCGCCACUUCUACUUCGACAUCAGCGCGAUGGAGAAGGGCGAGCAGAUGCUGAAAGCCGAGUUCAGGGUCUUCAAGCUUAAGAGGACGCAUCGGUCCAGAAGGUCCGACGUGCAACACUUCUGCAAAGUAGAAGUGUAUGAGCUCUUGGAGAGUGAAAAUAAGCCGCAGAAAAAACAUCUCAUUGCAUCAAGGUUAUUGUCCCUCUACGCGGAAGGCUGGGAAGUCUUCAAUGUCACACAGACAGUUUCCAAGUGGGUUGGAAACAGCAGCUCCAACCAUGGCUUUUGGAUAACUACGACACAUGUUUCCAGCAAUGGAAUGAAAGACGACGUGGUUACAUUUGCCAAGAGCCAAAGCACUUUGCAGGAGAGUAGAAAUGCUCUCCUUGUCCUCUUCACAAACAGUAACAAACAGAGGUCUCACAGCUUUGUACGCUCUGCUACAAAAACAAACCCUGCCAAAUCUGAUGCCUCACAUGUUUCUCAUGACACUGAUGCCAUCCAAAGCAGCAGUGCCAGCAUGAGCAGGAAACCCCGAGCUGCCUUAGCCGAUGCUGCCAAAAGCCCGUUAACAGCAUGUCACCAAAGGGAGCUCUACGUAGACUUCCAUGCUAUUGGCUGGUCAGGAUGGAUUAUUUACCCAAGUGGAUACAAUGCAUUUCAUUGCAGAGGAUCCUGCAUCUUCCCUUUGGGGGAAAGUCUAAAUGCAACAAACCAUGCUACAGUUCAGUCCAUUGUUUAUACACUGAAACUGUCUCAAGAUGUCAGCAUGCCCUGCUGUGUGCCAGAUGAAUUGAAGUCCCUCAAUCUUCUCUACUUUGAUGACAAACAGAAUGUCGUCCUUAAAAAUUAUAAAGACAUGGUGGCAACAAGGUGUGGUUGUCAUUAG